AGGCGACACUAGCGCCACACCUUCCUAUGUGUCAUCCCCGGGACCUCCCUCCCCGAGCCCCCGCCGGUGCCGCCAGCUCCUCCUCUCCCGCUGUGGUUGGUCGCCGCUUUCCCGCUUUGCCCUAGCACCGCCAUUUUAAACACAAAAUAAAUAAAUAAAUAAAUAUUGUACAGCAGCAGCAGCCGUCGCGCAGUUACAGUGAGGAGCCCCGUACUGUCACAUACGCACUGUGCGUCCUGAGGCAUCUCUCCGGAGACCGCAAGAGGCUCCCUGCGCCGGCUCUUACCGACUGGCUGUCGUUUCCCGCCGAGCUCCAGCACAGCUAUCCGCCAAUCCGCAUCUCCCCGUCAUCCACUAUAUACCACGCCGACCCGAGUACAGGAUGAAGAAAAAGUCUGCUGAUGACACUCUUAACAAAGAGGAGGAAUCGGAUACUGUUGAGCAGCCCACAGAAGACCAAGACAUAGAAGAAGAUGUAGAUGGAAGUGAAGGAGAAAAGAAUGAGGCAGUGGAGGAGAAUGAGGAGGAGGAGGAGGAUGAUGAUGAAGAUGAGGAUGAUGAUGAUAAAAAAGAAAAGAGCCUUAUUGUGGAGGGCAAAAGAGAGAAAAAGAAGGUUGAGAGACUGACCUUGGAAAUGACCAUGGUGAAAAAAGAGCCAGUCUUAUCUGAAGGAAAGGGGCAAAAGCUAUGCGAUAUUGAACGAAUUCAGUAUUUCUUGAAGAAGAAGAAAUGUGAAGAGCUGCGGCUAUUACAUCGUCUGCUUUUUAAUCGACUGGGCACAGUCAACCUAUUAAAAAAGACCAUUGGCCAGUUCAAUGGAUUUGCCUUUGAGAAGGGAAGUGAUCAAUAUAAAAAGAAGGAAGAGCUGCUUAAAAAGGCAAGGAAGGAUGAUUUAAAAAAGAUCUGUGCUGUUCUUGAUUUGGAAAAAUGUGGUACAAACAUCGAAUUGAUUUCCAAAAUUUUGACUUUCCUCAUGGAGCCAAAGUCCACAGGAAAACCAUUGCCAAAAUCCAAAUCAAAGUCUCCAAAAGGGGGUAAGAAGGAACGUAGCAGCUCUGGAUCCGCACGCAAAUCCAAAACUGUUAAAUCCAAUGUUAUUUUGCCUGAUGAAUCUAGUAGUGAAGAUGAAAUAAAGGAUAAAGAGUCUUCAGAUGGUGAAAAAGAGAGUGAGGAGGAGAAAGAAGAGAAGCCGCCAAAGAAAACUCCCAAAAAAGAGAGAGCCAAACCAAAAGUAACACCGAAGAGUAAAAAAGCUACAAAAUCUGCAAACGUAAAGAAAGCAGACAGCAGUACUACAAAUACAAAGACUGCAAGCAAUUCCAAGAAAGAGAAACCUGCUCAAUCAGAAAGUGAGUCUGAUGACAGCUCAGAUGACGAACCAUUGAUCAAAAAGGUGCAUAAGCCACCUACUGAUGAUGAGCUCCGAGAAACUGUGAAAAAGCUUUUGACUGACGCAAAUCUUGAAGAAGUCACAAUGAAAGAAAUCUGCAGGAAGGUGAAUGAGCACUAUCCCAGUUAUGACUUGGUCUCAAGAAAAAAGUUCAUCAAAGCAACCGUUAAAGAGCUUAUCUCUUGAAUCGUCUACAAAUUAUUUUAUUCAUCAUCAUAGAACAUACAUGGACUGAUUUGUGUUGUGCUACUCUGGAACACAAGUUCUGAUGCUCUGCUGACACCAGCAAAAAUGUCUUUGUUUUUACCACUUUGGGUACAAUGUAUUUUUAAGCAGGUUUUACUUCUUUAAGUUCAAAUUUCUAUGUAAAUUGCAAAAUAUAAAGUGUUGGGUUGUUUGUUGUUUUUUGUUUUUUUGUUACUGGUAUUUUUAGCAACCUUAAAUCUCAUUUUCAUUUUAGACCAUUCUGUGCUGGAGUGGCAGAUGGCAUUUCAGUUAAGAUUUUAUUUGAAAAUAAAGUACAUUUAUUGCAAUAUAAAAGAACAUUAAAAAAUUAAUUUUUCCCUAAACACAGUUAUGUGGUUUGCAAAAUGAUGUUCGCAUUACUGCAGUCACCGGUUAUACAGUACUCUCCAGCACUAGAAAAGUACUAAUGACAUCUUGAUUUAACUUUUUUUUUGCUUCCUUUUUAUUUAUUGUCAAAUGAUCAUUUGCAGUGCAUCCAAUGACAAAGCAGAUGCUAUUAAAGUUUUUGUUUUGUACUUUA